CGGGCAGGGCGUCACCAUGGCGACGGAACGCAGACAGUCUAGAAACUUAUGUUACUACCUCGGGUUGUAGUCAAAAGCGGUUCAAAUAGCAUACCUCUAGAGUCUAAAGAUUUACGUUUUCCCCAGUUUGCAUGUAGCAAUAUAUUCGUCGGUCCAUAAUCAAACGACACACAGCCAUGCUGCUUCGCGUUGAACAGAUUUAACCUAUCUUCUGUCUCAGAGAGGUCAACACUAAUGAAAGAAAUGGCAGCUGCUCCAAAAGCAAUUCCUUCAAGACUGCGGGCAGUGAGGACGUUUAAAAAAGCAGACAAAUUAUCUCCAGCGUCCUCUCGGAACUUUCUAGAAAGACUGCCUUCUGAGAUCCUGAUGAAGAUUCUGUCAUACCUAGAUGCCUCUGCUCUCUUCAUCCUGGGCCACGUCAGUAAGCUCCUCUAUGAGCACGCAAAUGAAAACACUCUAUGGAAAAAGAUUUACAUCGCAGAGUUUGGCACGAAUAAAAAGCGUAAACCUAAAUCCGUGGACGGGCUGCUGCUGAGGACAUCCAGAGAGGAGGUGCGGGAUGGAGCCUUGGGCUACUGGAAGUGGCUUCAUUUCCGGACUAUGGCCGCUUGUGACAUGAACAAGUGGGUAAGACGUCUUGGGCUCAUCAGCUGUCACACUGGGCUGCCAAGCCAAACGGAGCAGGUCCUCAGAAACUUGCACGUCACCUGGGAGCUCACAGUCUCUGAUAAGUCAGGACAGGAGGGCACAUACGAGCCCAGCUGGUCCCGCUUCUGCAAGACUUCUGUGACUCUGUGCUGGAGCGGAGGAGGCUGCCUUCCUGACUACCGGCAGAUCUCCACCCUUCAACUGCACGGCGUCAGGAGGAUAGCCCUCAACUGCCCGGGCCUAAAGAAACCUGGCUGGAGUUCCCUCAUGGCGAAGGUAGACAUGCAGGCUCACACUGAAAGCGCACAGGUCAUUGGUCAGGACCGGCUGGUUGAACUGAAGCUGCUGCAUCCUGGCAUCAUCGUCGGCGUAUGGAAGGACCAGUGCUCUGUUGCCUUCAUCAUGUUCACCCUCCACUUCCAUAUGCUGGUGGAAAGAAGCGUCCAGGGGUCUUCUGUUUGCCCCUAUGUGGAGCCAACGUUCAACCCCCCUUCUGAUGAUAUAGACCCUGAGUAUGGUCUCCAUGGUUACCAGCUACACAUUGAUCUCCACAACACCGUAAAUGAGAUCAUGUCCAGAAGCUUCUCCCAGCUCUUCUGCCGGAAAACCCAGAUCUGUGAUGGUCUAAUCCAGCUUAGUGCCAUUAGCAGGGCAGACUUGUCACAGCACACACCUCUGUCAGGAAGCAUCACCCUGCCCUGGAGGUGUGAGACCCUGCAGGGCGCAGUGGAGAAUUGCUGCAUCAUGAAUCUGACCCUGCUGGAUGAAUUCAAGAAACCCUUCUGGUGUGUCAGCUCCUCGGUUUCCAUGCAGCUUCAGAAGAUGCCUGUCUCCUAUGACUACAAUGGGGAGCACUUCCUCAUCCACUAUCAGGACUCAGACGGUCAGGUGGAGAUGACACUUGUAUGGAUGGAGGAAGAAAAGCGUAUGUUACUCAUAAACUUGGUUGUUUGUGUGACUGUUUUCAAAGUCAACAAAUAUUUCAGUCAAGAUUACUGAAGCUGUAAUAUUUCUGGAAAUAUUUUAUUCAUAAAAGCUGACAAGACCUUGUUUGAAGGAAAAUAUUUUUCCAUCAGAUUAACUAAACACUUUUAGAAGUUUAUAAUAAAAACUGUCAAUUUAAAUAAAUGUAUCAAGAGGUGAAUUGUUGUCGAGUAGAGUGUUGCACUUCAGAAGCAUACUUCCCUGAGUAAUACCUGUUUUUCAGUUUUAGUUUAUUAUUCAUUAGUAUCAGGGACAGUAUACAGAAUAACUUUAGUAUCAGAAGGGAAAAGAUGCUU